UCUGACUUGAUGAGCGGCGCCUCUUUUCAGAACUUCCUCCGUUCCUUUGGAAUAUCUGUGUGCAGAUGGGCUGGCUCUUUUCUUCCCUAGAGAGCAGCAGCCUGAAAUUUUGGACUAUAUUUCCCAUUAGUCCCUACUAGCUGAUUAGGAAUUGCUGGUGGAGACUUGCCUGCCUGCCUCUCCUUUACACCCUUACCACACAGAAUGGAUCCAUCUGAGUCCUUCUUUCCAUGUGGAUUUUAAGCUGAUCUUCAGUGCCAGGCUCUGAGUGCCAGAGCAAGGGUGGGGGGGAGAGAGGAUGGGCAUGGAAAUCCAUCCCUUGGCACAAUGCCAUGCAAACAGAGCAGCCUUUCUCACUUUUGGGAACUUUAAGAUGGGUGGAUUCCAGGUAGCUGGGGAAUUCUGGGGGUUGAAAUCCACCCAUAAUUUCCCAAGGGUGAGAAACACUAAGAUAGAAUAUAUAUAUUGUGUGCCUUAUUUUUUUUUUCCCAGCUAGAACUCCAGCCAUUGCUCCCUCCCUCUUGUUGAUAUGGCAGAAGUGGGUGAAGACCCUGCUGUAUUUACCACGGAUGCUCUGCCUUCUGAUAUCAGGCUCCUCCCAACAUUGACCAACGCCUAUCUGGGCACCCGAGUCUACAGGGACAUCGUUCAUGUUAACGGGGUGUACAAUGGAGAAGUUGGGGACACACAUCGGGCUGAUCUCCCCAGUCCCCUUAAUGUCAAAAUGGAUGUGGAUGGGGCUGAUGAUUUGAGGGAGACCUUCUCUUUGGACACCAGGAUAGGGACGUAUAUCCAUACAGCUCAGUGCUCAGAAUAUACAGCUACUCACACAGUCUAUGCCCACCAGUCUCUUGUCCACCUUCUGGCUUUCAGCAUAACAAUCGCAAGAUCAGCUCUCGAAACUAAACCCAUCACAGUGAAUCUCCACACCCAGUUCAAACCAGAGAGUCCAGACCUGGACUUGCAGAAAGGGCCAGAUUUCCUGGGAGCUCACUAUCUAUAUGGAAAGACAUUGGUCCCAGAAGUAGAGGGUGGCCCCCAGCCUACUGUACACAUGAUCUGGACCCCGGUGCCCCAAUCAGUGACCCUCCCUGGAGACCAGAAGGAGCAGAGAUGGGAGUUCCUCACUGCCCUAGCAGAGUCUGAAGAGGUUGUGCAAAGGACCUUUUGUGAAGGGAUGUCCCUGAUUGGCUCUGGUUCCUUAUAUCUGUCUCACACCCAGGCAUGGGCAGCACUCUGGGACGGCUGCUGUGUAGAUGUGGACGGGCCUCUUCCCUUCAGCCAGGCCAUAUAUGGCUGCCUGUAUUACCUGCUGAGUGCCAUUCCUCCUCUGGGCUCUGCGAACGUCCCUUUCUCUGGAAUCAGCCCAGGAGGCCUUUCCAACGGCACAUCCGGUGAAGACUACUGGGGCCAUGUCUUCUGGGACCAGGAUACCUGGAUCUACCCGAACAUCCUGCUUUUCUAUCCAGAAGCGGCUUGUGCUAUCUUAAAAUACAGGAUCCAAACACUAGAGGGAGCUCUACACAAUGCACGGGAACAAGGAUACAAGGGUGCAAAGUUUCCCUGGGAGAGUGCGGCAACGGGCCGAGAGGUCUGCCCUGAGAAAAUUUAUGGAGACGAGGAGAUCCACAUCAAUGGAGAUGUGAUGCUGGCAUUCGAGCAAUAUUUCUGCAUCACUCAGGACUUGAAGCUCUUUCAGCAGGAAGGUGGCUAUGUAGUCCAGGCCAUUGCUCAAUACUGGUGCAGCCGAGUUGUGUGGAACUCUGAGGAAGGAAACUAUCACAUUGUUGGUGUUAUGCCCCCAGAUGAAUAUCAUUGCACUGUAGAUAAUUCUGUCUAUACAAAUGCAGUUGCCCAGAGGAGCUUGAAAUUUGCAAUUGACUUGGGCUCCCAAUUGCAUUUUGUUGUGCCCGGAGAGUGGAAGGAGAUUAUGAAGAAACUUAAAGUGCCUUUGGAUAAGAGCAGAUGUUAUCAUCCAGAAUAUGAUGGAUAUUGUCCAGCAGCUGCACCUUUGCUUCCUGUACAUCAAGAUUCUUUGACAUAAGUAGAGGCUUUCUGUAUCCCCUUCGCCAUCAAAGGUAAUGUGGUAUGAAAACAAGAGGUUCCAUUUCCUUGGUGAUUGCCAUCCCACAUCUUGGUCACCUCAGAGUUUUGCUUCAUGCCUCU